UGUCGGGUCGCCAGUGCCUCGCGGGGGGAGCGCUCACACUGCCAUCACUGGGAGAAUGUGAUCCCGUCACUGCCGCCGACCAACGGGGCUCAGUGGCGAACCUGAUGCGCGCGGCCCGCGGACCCACUCGCCUGCUGUUCCGAGGGAGGAGGAGGAGGCGGCGGCGGCAGCGCGUGCGGCCAGUCGCUCGUCGUUGCGCGCGGGGCAUGGAGCGGGACGCGGCGCGCCGCGCAUAGACGACGCCCAGAUGGAGCGCCACCCCGCCGGCUCCCCCGGCCUGCAGUGGCUCAACAGGAGGGACGCGAGUGUCCGGCCGGAGGACAGCAUCAGCCUGUGCCAGAGGGCUCUGCAGAUCGUCACGGAACUCUGUGUCGGGGGCCACGUGGACCGCGAGAAAUGUUCGGACAUAUUCCCCCUGGACAGCAACGUACAAGGUAAAGGAUACGCAGACAUCUCUAUUAGUCUCCUUGCCGUGGUCGUAGGUUUCUGUGGCCUCGCCCUGUUGGUAGUCUCUCUCUUUGUCUUUUGGAAGCUGUGCUGGCCCAUUUGGAGGAGCAAGGCUCUGUCAGCCCACGCCGAAAAUGGCCUGCGCGUGGGUUUCCCCGAGGCGCCGCCGCCGCCCAACUCCCCGCCGGUCGGCGAGUGCAAAGCGCCGGAGGUGGAGAAGAAGCAGCACCCGCCGGCGGUGGUGGCGGCGGCGGCGGCGAACAGCCGGAGCACCGUCAAGCUCCUGGAGGCGGCCAUGAAGAUCAGCCAGACGUCUCCGGACAUCCCCGCCGAGGUGCAGACGGCGCUGAGGGAGAAGCUCAGCAAGCAAGCCAAGAUCCAGAGGCAGACGACGGAGCCGACCUCCUCCUCCAGGCACAAUUCGUUCCGGCGCCACCUGCCUCGUCAGAUGAACGUCACCAGUUUUGACUUCAGCAUGGACACAGUGCCCCUCCGCCAGUCGUCUACAGUGAGCAUUGGAAGAAUAAAACCCGAACUCUACAAGCAGAAGUCUGUGGACUCCGAGGGCGAGGCCAAGGAGCCCGUGGAGACUUGCGGAAAGCUGAGCUUCGCGCUGCGCUACGACUACGAGGAACAGGCCUUGGUGGUGAGGAUCCUCAAGGCCUUAGAGCUGCCCGCCAAGGACUUCACGGGCACCUCUGACCCGUACGUGAAGAUCUACCUGCUGCCCGAGAGGAAGAAGAAGUUCCAGACGCGCGUCCACCGCAAGAAUCUGAACCCCAUGUUCGACGAGACCUUCUGUUUCCCCGUGGUGUACGAUGAGCUCUGCAACCGCAAGCUGCACUUCAGCGUGUACGACUUUGACCGCUUCACCAGCCACGAUAUGAUUGGCGAGGUGGUGGUGGACAACCUCUUUGAACUCUCUGAUUUGUCCAGGGAGGCGGUGGUGUGGAAGGAUAUUCAUGCAGCGACUACAGAGAGCGUUGACCUCGGAGAGAUCAUGUACUCGUUGUGCUACCUCCCCACAGCGGGGAGAAUGACCCUAACAGUCAUCAAAUGCAGAAACCUCAAAGCCAUGGACAUCACAGGCUCCUCAGAUCCGUACGUCAAGGUUUACCUGAUAUGUGACGGACGGAGGCUGAAGAAGCGGAAAACAACAACCAAGAAAAGCACUCUCAAUCCGGUGUACAGCGAGGCUAUCAUCUUCGACAUCCCCCCGGAGAACGUCGAACAAGUCAGUUUGUCCAUCAUGGUGAUGGAUUAUGAUCGGGUCGGACACAAUGAGGUGAUUGGUGUAUGUUAUGCCGGGCCAGAUGCUGAGGGCCUUGGACGGGAUCACUGGAACGAGAUGUUGGCUUAUCCACGGAAGCCCAUCACACACUGGCAUGCUCUGGGAGAGGAAAAAACAGUCGCCUGGAAGAGCAGCAAGCUUUGAGAGUCAAGGUUCGUGUCCUUCGCCCAAACCUCCGCAGACGCCCUGAUGAUCGCAGGUGGAGCGAUAACAUUGUCUCUGUAAGAAAACAGACGUUUGUUCAGAGUUGCUGCAAAGCUGUGUUGCCUCUAAGUCUCCUGUGAGCAUGUUGUAUGAAAACUGAAUCCAUUCCGACAUGUUGCUUAUGUCUAUAAAAACAAGGUUGCGUUGAUAUUGAUUUUAUUCUUUCACUCAAACUCCAGCUCUUCAAGGGCUCCACGGAGCCGGCUAUGCACAGCACCAACUGUCACUCAAUUCCAGAGUUUGUUUAUCGUUCAUCUGCUUUGAAAUGAAUUGGCGAACAUUCACACGGACCACAUGAAUGGUAGGCGUCACUGCAGAAAGCCCUCUGCAAUUUCACUUCCAAGUGCAUGAACCUCUUCAGCAUUUUUCCGGCCCUAGACCUCUUUAGCGAGUUUGCAUUUUUACUCUGAAAUGGCACAAAGUUAAAGGGCUAUACUGCUCAGUGCCAUUAAAGCGUUUACUUGAUAAAAAAAUCUAAACAGUCAAUAAAUCCAGUGAGUCGUGAUCCAGUUUUAGGCUGAAGAAUGCAGGUAAUUGAGCGUCUACAAGGGCUGAGUAAAUUACCCAGAAAAUGAUCAGUCACAGUUGCGUGAAACCGGCAGUGAACCAGCCAUUGUUACCUGCAGAUAUCAGAAUAGUCAACAGGACUCUGCAGCAGAUACAUGUAGCAGACAUAUGAAAAGAGAUCUGUUUCAAGAAAACCCGACAAACCUGACUUUAAAAUAACAUUAUAUUUAUUUUUGUACACACCAGAUGGAUGUCACCAUAUAAUUGCAAGUUGAACUAGCAGCAUAUGCUGUAGAAAUGAUUUACUCAUCCUCUCAUACUACAGGUAUAUUCAUAUAUAAAUAGAUAUAUUUAUUACAUAUGUUUAAAUAUCGCCCCCACUGCCAUUGUCCCUCAUGUUGCAACUGCAAAAGUAACGCACUUUGAGAUUGCUUUUAGCAAUGAAAAGUGCUCUAUAAAUGAAAUUUAUUAUUAUUAUUAUUAUUAUAAUGCAAAUGAACAACGGUUUGUCAUUUGAUGUUUUGACUCCACAUUCUACUUCAGAAAUUGGUUUAUAUAAAUAUAAAAUGAACGUCAAAUACAUUAAAUAACAUUGUUGGCCUAAAUAUACGAAGAAAACAGUAUUCAAAUGGUAAUAAUUAAAGCCUUUCGUCCAAAAAGACUGUUCUCUAAACCCCUCCCCCGAACAGCGUCUGUCCAAUCAUAGGCCGUGAGGUCUUCUUUAAAAAGAAAAACUUUUUCAAAGUGAAAAAUACAAGCAAAAAAGAAGAAAAUUAAUUAAACUGUGUGUUUGUCUGCUCUAAAGUUAGCUGAAAAUGUUAGCAUGUUUGGCUAACUAGCUUACUGCAUGCACGGCCAAACUCAUUAUUCAAGCUAGCGUCACAUCUGUUUAGUCCUCAACCUAAGAUAACUGUCUUGUGCAAUGUUAAAAGUGAAGUUUUACAGUAUGAACAAUUAAGCCGGUAAUUCCGCAGGUAAACUGGGUAGUGUUACCAAAUGGGGAAGUGUUAUUUUACAGUGUUCUAAUGGAUCAUCAACUUGAAAGAACGCUAACUUUUUGUCUGGGACAUGGGGCAUCAGCCUCAGUCUUCAUCGUCGUAUCAUUAUGCAGCAAUCCAGUGCAUAUUUAAAAAAAAACAAAAAAAAACCAACGUUACAAUGUUGUCAUUUUAAACUGAGUCAGGUGAAAACAAUAAAAAGUCAACCGCAGAUAGCAUUUCCAAACAAAGAUCCUCGAGUCUUUGCUCUUCGCUAUUAUGCAACUGUCGGAAAGAGGUACUGUUCAUACGCUCUUAACACGUAAAUACAAGGAAUCAGAGUAUCCCACAAUGCAACAUGCUAACAGACGAGGAGAGAGAUAGGUGAAGACGGUUAAAUUAAACAUUUUAACAAUUUUAAAUAAUUUUAAAAGGAAUCGGACAAAAAUACGUAGUUACACUAAAGUGCGAGAAAAUAAAAAAGUCCAAUUUUCGAUUAAAAAAAAAAAUGUGAAAGUUAUAACGGAUACAAAAUAUUUUGUAUUUAUUAAUUUCGGAAGAUACACUCGGUAUGAAAUGUGUUUAUCACAAAACACAUGCAUUAAUUUAUUGGCGUUGACGUGGUUACUUUUUUCAUUGCGACAUAAUUAACAGCAAAAAGAUGAGCCCAAUAGUGUCAGAAAUGUUUUUCCUCUGCACAGAACUCCUCAGACAGCGAGAAGGGAGAAGUGACACAAACACAGACAUAGUAAUCAAUUUUUACAAAAUCCUGUCAGGAAAUAAAAAGCCCAAACAUCAUUACAGCUUUUCUUCACCUGUUACAAAUUCAGGGAAUUAUUACGAAAGAAGCUACAUCCACUCUCAAACAUUUUGUAAAAUAUUAUGUCAAUGAUUUCCAUUAAGCCAUAUGAAAUUAAGUUCAGUGUAUCUUUACACAGAACUGCCUCAGCUUCUCCAUUGUGAGUAAUAAAAACCAACAUGGCAAAUAGGGAAAACAAAAGGCUAUGUACUGUUAUCUUACUUGCACACACCACACAGUGAUGCAUUCCCCCGUGUUGCCCUUGAAUAUUUUUUAUUUGUAGCAUGUUUGUCACCACUUUAAAAAACACACUUGUUGGGGGAAAAUGUAAGUAGUGGAUGUCAUAUGAAAUUUCAAACUUGUGCGUUUACAUUUGUAUAUAUACGGUAUACUUAUCAGUGGCACUGUUUAUAUAUUUCAAAGUGAAAUUCCGGAAGUUUUUGUGAUCUUAUAUAAAAAAUAAAAAAAUAGAGACAUCACAAUGUAUUUCUAUUGUUCGGUGUAAAUUUGAACAGCUCAGACUUGUAGUCGAGUGACAUUUAUACACGUUCUGUGAUAGUUGUGAGCAAUUAGUCGAGCUGGAAACCCAGUGGAGCCGACUCUACCUUAUCAAGUUAGUCCAUGUGUAGGAGUUUAGAGCUUUGAACUGUAAAUCGUUUGCAUAUUGAUUGAAUCUAAGACGAGCCAGAGCAACUGUCAUGAUGUGUACAGUUUGUGAUAACUUUUGUAAAGAUUUAAAGUCAACAUUUGGGAUAUCAUUUAUUGUAUCUGUUUCAUAUGUAUUUUAACUAAAAUAAAUCAAUAAAAAUGACGAGUCGGAACUUA